GGUCGUCACUCUUCAGUCUUUCAGAGAACCAUCCUCUGUUUUACGCUAAUCUAUCACAGAAAACAAAACUCAAUUUAUUUCAUAAUUCAUAUACCGUGGUGAUGAAAAACACAAAUCGAGGGGCACCAAUUAUGUCUUCUUGCGCUUCUUUCACAUUCGUUUUCCUUUUCACCUUUCUCAAUAGCUUCAGAGUUUUUGCUCAAGAUCCAAUUUACAGAUACCACAGAUGUCCGAAUACGACAACUUUCUCCAGAAAAAGCACUUACUUGACCAAUCUUAGAACCCUUUUGUCUUCUCUCUCUUCCCCCAACGCUUCAUACCCCACCGGAUUCCAGAACGCCACCGCCGGGGAAUUUCCGGACAGAGUCACCGGACUUUUUGAUUGCCGCCGAGACCUCUCGCCAGAAUUUUGCCGUGGCUGCGUUCUUUAUUCCGUCAACGAAACCUUAUAUCGGUGUCCAAACGAGAGGGAGGCCACGCUUUAUUACGAUGAGUGUAUGCUCAGAUACUCUAACGAGAAUAUACUCUCUACCCUAAACACCGGUGAAGUAGUGAAGUUGUGGAACCCCGAUAAUGUUACAUCUAACCAACUUAACCAAUUUAGAGAUUUGGUGUUGUCCACGAUGAACCAAUCAGCCAUUGAAGCCGCGAGCAGUUCCAGAAAAUUCAGUGCGAAAAAAGCCAACUUUACUGCGUUGAAGAGUUUGUACACACUGGUUCAGUGCACCCCUGAUCUGACGACACAAGAUUGUUUGAGUUGUCUUCAACAGAGCAUCAAAAAAUUACCCACUGAACACGUUGGGGGAAGAUAUAUUAUGCAGAGUUGUAACUCAAGAUUCGAGGAAUACCCGUUUUAUAACGAAUCAGCUGUUAGAACACCUCAAGCGCAGCUGGAUCCAGCUCCUCCUCUACCACUGCGACGGCCGAUUUCGAAAACUACACCUCCACCUGGAAAAGGCGCAAACUCCUCUGUCAUGAUCAUUGCUGUUGUAGUUCCAGUCACUGCCGUUUUUCUUCUUUUCGUAGCUGUUUCUAGUGUCUGGGCUAAGGGGAAAAAGACGGUUGUUGAAACGGAACCAGUACUUGCUGAAGAUAGGGAUGAUAUUACGACUGCAGGCUCACUUCAGUUUGAUUUUAAGGCGAUUGAAGCAGCAACGGAUAAGUUUUCGGAAAGUAAGAAACUUGGUCAAGGUGGAUUCGGCCAAGUCUACAAGGGUACAUUUCCUAGUGGAGUACAGGUUGCGGUGAAGAGGCUAUCAAAGACAUCAGGACAAGGUGAAAAAGAGUUUGAAAACGAAGUUGUUGUUGUGGCAAAGCUUCAACAUAGAAAUUUGGUAAGGCUGCUUGGUUUUUGUUUGGAAGGAGAAGAGAAGAUACUUGUCUACGAGUUUGUGCCUAACAAAAGCCUCGAUUACUUUCUUUUUGACCCUAGGAAGAAAAGGCAGCUUGACUGGGCAAGACGGUACAAGAUCAUUGGAGGAAUAUCUAGAGGAAUUCUUUAUCUUCACCAAGAUUCACGACUCACAAUUAUACACCGUGAUCUCAAAGCCGGGAACAUCCUCUUGGAUGCUGAUAUGAACCCGAAAGUUGCAGAUUUUGGAAUGGCGAGAAUUUUUGGGAUGGACCAAACGGAAGCCAAUACAAGAAGAGUAGUUGGGACUUAUGGAUACAUGUCUCCCGAGUAUGCGAUGUACGGCCACUUCUCCAUGAAAUCAGAUGUGUAUAGUUUUGGGGUCUUAGUUCUUGAAAUUAUAAGCGGCAUGAAGAACAGUAGUCUCUAUGAAAUGGAUGGUAACGUUGGCAACUUGGUUUCAUAUACUUGGAGAUUAUGGAGCAAUGGGUCGCCAUUAGAGCUUGUGGAUUCGUCAUUUGGAGAUAAUUAUCAAACAAGUGAAAUUACUAGGUGCAUCCAUAUCGCUUUACUUUGUGUUCAAGAAAAUGCUGAAGAUCGCCCAACUAUGUCAGCAAUCCUCCAAAUGCUCACCACUAGCUCGAUUGCUCUCACUGUGCCUAAACAACCUGGAUUUUUCUUCCGGGGUAAGCAUGGACAAGUAGCUGAAGUGGGUACAUCAACGGAUAAGCUUGCUAUCUGUUCAAUCGAUGAUGCUUCCAUUACUAGCGUUGCUCCUCGUUGAAGACAAAACUAUUCACUAAAAUUAAGUUGUGCUAUAUAAUUCUACGCUAUAUAUUAAGCUUAGACUAUGAACAAAGAUUCGUCUACAUCAAACUGUUUCCAUUGUUUAUUUUCUUUAUGUGCCCAGCAUGUGGCAAAUAAUACUAUGUUUUUAAA